GGCUCUCUGGGGAUAGUUUCAGUUUCAUCUGUGAAGAGAUUUCUUUUAAAAAAGCGCGAAUCGGCGCUUGCGCGGAUCAGCACACGCGUGUCGUGGGAAUAUAAAAGCGUCCGCUCUUCACCAAGGCUUAUUCACGAGACCCUGCCGCUCUCACAUCGUCCCGCAGCAGACACGCCACGAUGACGUGUAACACGCCUCGCCGUGGUGACCUGAUCGAGUUUGACCGUGUCGGCUUCUACCAUUGGGGGAUCUACGUUGGUGAUGGUUAUGUCGUCCACCUGUCACCUGCCGAUAAUAAGAGUGCCGCAGUGAUCCCGGUUGACGUCAAAAUUAAAAAGCAGAAGAUUGACGUCGUGGCUGCCGGGCAGCCGUGGCGCGUGAACAACCUGCACGACGCAACCCGGAAGCACCGCAGUCCCCAGAAAAUGGUUCAACUGGCCGAGGCGGAAGUGGGAAAAACGCACCGCUACGAUUUAGCGGAACACAACUGCGAGCAUUUCGUGACGGAGCUGCGGUACGGCGUUGCAGUGGGGAGACAGGGCACUAUAGGGGUGAUCCUGGGAUCCGUUGUGGCGGCGGCGGUUGCUUUCAGUGUUGGAGCAACGUUGGGCGGAGCAAUUCCGAUUGGACUUUGUGUUGGAUUUUGUUUAAAGAAACUGCUUAAUAAAACUCAAUUUUAACGGUAGUUUAUAUGUAACAAUUCAAUAAUAAAAAAAUAAAUACAUUUUUUUUAAUAAAACUGUUGUAAAAGUUAACUGAACAUCAUGGUUGAAUUAAAAA